AUGGGCAGCCGCGAUGUCGACGAAGUGUGGGCGCAAGCAGAAGCCAAUGGCUACAGCCUAGGAGCGCAUAUAGAGCAAGACCGAAUCCGCGGAAAAGGAAAGCACGUUAAGAAGACGAUUCGGAACCAUGAUAGAACACUCAACCGCUACGUGGUGUGGCAGCUGGGCAAGUCGGGGCAAGACGCUACCACACGAGGCCCCCGCGCUCCCACCGAAGAAGAAAUCAGACAGAAGGACCUGGGAGAGGGCGUUGAGGCUCCCGACUUUUUGACGGUCAAAGAGAAUGUUUCUAAAUUCCCAAUGUCCUCUCCAGAGAGUAGCAUGGGUGACAACAUCAUUGUCUUCGGUCCAACCGGUCAUGUUGGGCGCUCGAGCCGCCCAAAGACUAGUCGUCAAAGUGUUUCUCGCAAUGGGAGAUCUCGAAAAGGCGAUCCCAGGCCUCACCCCAGAACACGCAAAGCGUCGAAAGAGUCUACGCCGACCUCACCAGGUCUUGAUGCUGUUCAAGAUGCCGUCACCAAGGCUGGAGCCAACUUCUUCUUCGCCGACGCCGUCUUUCGUUUCCUCAGGUACCGCCACUAUACCGUCGGCGUUGUAUAUCUGUGGGCAGAAGAAGUGCGGGACAAACCUCAGAGCAUUGCCGAGUUCUGGCUCUUCAUCUUGAUCUUCGCCAGCUCUGAGGAAGCGGCGCUGUUGGGCAACGUCGCCCAACAGGGUGGAAUGCUGUUGAUCGGACAAACGGCGCGAUGGAUCAUCGUGAUCCUGGCUAUGCUUGCUUUUCUGGCCGGGCUCGGCGUCGACCUUGCGCACAAGUACUUCGUCGUCAACGCGCUCGACCCUUCCAGCAGCGAGGAUCCAGACACUUGCCGCACGCUCACCACGGCCAACACGAUCCUGAUCGGCGUGUCCAUCGGUGUCUACGGGGUGAUGACCGUCGCCGGGCUCUACGGCACCGUCAUCGCGCUCGGCUUCGACCCCGGCGACGGCAAGCACCACGGCUUCCAGAAGUAUCGGAGGUACUGGUCCGCUCUGGUCGUGGCGUUCCUCGCCCGCUCGAUGCUGGGGCUCGCCUCCGUCAUGGUCUUCGACUGGUUCAACUUGAGCCCCUACGACAUGUUCAGCAUGACCUAUGCCAUCGUCUACGCCGCCACCACAGCCGUCAUCUUCUUCUGCAUCGCCGGCCUGAUCAGAAUCCUGAACCCGAUGGACGAGGAGGAGCAGCUGCUGCCACCACCGCCGCCGCCGCCACCGCCAAUGCAGCAUGGACUACCCAUGCCAUAUGGUAAUGCGGUCUUUGCGUCGCCAAACGCCUGGAGUUAUAAGCAGCCCGCCGUGGUCUAUACGCGGAUCCCGUCCGACUAUCACAAGAACCGGAUUUGA